AUGCGCAUUAUUCAAUCCAUUCUCAUAGUUUCUUUUGUGUUUGUUCUUAUUUUUCCAAUCGGAAAGACGGAAACAGAAGAUGUAGUGGAAGCAUUGGUUGAUUUCAUGCAAAAACUUGGGCCUGGAAGCAUGCAAAACACACCAAACUGGGGAUGGAAUACUACAUCAGACCCAUGCAUAGCUAUCUGGCACGGGGUUAUUUGUGACAACACCAACCAGAUCGUAAAGAACAUUGUUCUCGAACAGAUCAGCUUAUCAGGAACUGUUGAUUUCGAAUCCGUUUGCAAAGAAACUUCCAUUCUUUUACUUAACCUGAAAUACAACAACCUUACAGGAAGCUUACCACAACAAAUAUCAUACUGCAAAAGACUUCGGCUUUUGUAUCUAAAUGGGAAUCACUUUUCUGGUGAUCUUCCAGGUUCUUUAAGCGGUUUGACUGAUCUGGUAAGAAUCGAUAUAUCCAACAACGAGCUUAGUGGUGAGUUGCCAGAUGUGUCAAGAAACACGCGCUUGUUAGUCUUUUUGGCUCAGAACAAUCAUUUUACCGGGCAGCUGCCAGACUUUAAUUAUCACCAACUUGAAGAUUUUGAUGUCUCGAAUAAUGAUUUGAGUGGUCGAAUUCCAGAUGACACUGGUAGUUUUGGCGCCAAAAGCUUUGCGGGUAACCCUCGGUUGUGUGGGAAAGUGUUGUCGAAACCAUGCCCUUAG